AUUUAAUAAAUAUGAAAUCCCAAAAACUCCAAAAUAUGAACGAUAAAAUUUAUGUUAACCAGGAGACGCUUCCAUUUAUCAGAAGUCAGACACUACUAAAGCACAGAGGAGGUUUGAAGAUGAAAGUAAAACAAAGAAGUUCUUGCACAAAGCUCAGAUAUAUAUUUGAGAAGGCUCAUGAGGACUCAUCUGUUUCAGAAGAACAUCUGCUUAAGGAACGACAAAAGGUCUUCAUGAGAGUUCACGAAAUAAUUAAAAAGAAAUUAUCAAGUGGCUCUUUGAAGCACUCUAAAGGGUUCCAAUCUCCUAGGAGAUUAAGAAGAGUACUGAGAAGUCCUCAAUUCAGACCAAAAGAGAUUAAGAGCAACUUACCAGUCCUUGAAUCAAACAAAGAGAGUAGGCAAUUCUUCUCCCCACAAAGAUUUUCCCAAGUAAAGCUGACAAACCAUGUGUCAUAGACUCCGAGAAAUAUGCUUAACU